AUGGUGACCGCCUCGGCAUUUGUGUUGCAGCUGUUGGUGGUUAAAGAAGAGGUUCCCCCUGAGCAGCAGGAGUGUAGCUCCAGUGUGGACCAGCAGGAGCCAGAGCCCCCCCCACACAUUAAAGAGGAACAGGAGGAACUGUGGAGCAGUCAGGAGGGAGAGCAGCUUCAAGGGCUGGAGGAGGCUGAUAUCACCAAGUUCCCAUUCACUCCUGUCCCUGUGAAGAGUGAAGAUGAUGAAGAGGAAGCUCAGUCCUCACAGCUUCAUCAAAGACAAACUCAACACAUGGAAACAGAAGCUGAUGGAGAGGACUAUGGAGGACCAGAACCAGCCAGGAACUCAGAUUCACAUCCUCUUUUACAACCAGAGACUGAAGACCAGACUGGAGAUUCUUCUAAACCUGAGACUGAUGACAUUGCUGAUUGGAAGGAGACCAGAAAACCUCAGUCAGCUUUAAACUCUCUGAGACAUGAUUCAAGAUGUAAGAAAACAUUCAGCUGCUCUGAGUGUCGGAACCGAUUUAGCACCAAGCCAAACCUGAAGAGACACAUGGUAACUCAUACAGGUGAAAAACCUUUCAGCUGUUUAGUUUGUAAGAAAACGUUUUUAACAUCUAGAAAUGUACGGUUACACAUGAUAAUCCACACAGGAGAAAAACCUUUCAGCUGCUCAUUCUGUAAGAAAUCUUUUACACAGAGUGGAAGUUUACGGAUACACAUGAGAACUCACACAGGAGAGAAACCUUUCAGCUGCUCUGAGUGUGGUAAAGCUUUCACUGAUAGUGGAACCCUGAAGAUACACAUAAGAACUCACACAGGAGAGAAGCCUUUCAGCUGCUCAGUCUGUAAGAAAUCUUUUACACAGAGAGGACAUUUACGGUCACACAUGGCAGUCCACACAGGAGAGAAACCUUUUAGCUGCUCAUUCCACAACAUUUCUCUGUAUGUGUUUCCUGCAGAUGUUGAGCAGCUGUCGGUGGUUAAAGAAGAGGUUCCCCCUGAACAGCAGGAGUGUAGCUCCAGUGUGGACCAGCAGGAGCCAGAGCCCCCCCCACACAUUAAAGAGGAACAGGAGGAACUGUGGAGCAGUCAGGAGGGAGAGCAGCUUCAAGGGCUGGAGGAGGCUGAUAUCACCAAGUUCCCAUUCACUCCUGUCCCUGUGAAGAGUGAAGAUGAUGAAGAGGAAGCUCAGUCCUCACAGCUUCAUCAGAGACAAACUCAACACAUGGAAACAGAAGCUGAUGGAGAGGACUGUGGAGGACCAGAACCAGCCAGGAACUCACAUCCACUUUUACAACCAGAGACUGAAGACCAGACUGGAGACUCUUCUGAUCCUGAGACUGAUAACAGUGCUGAUUGGAAGGAGACCAGAGAACCUCAGUCAGCUUUAAACUCUCUGAAACAUGAUUUAAGAUGUAAGAAAACAUUCAGCUGCUUUCAGUGUGGGAUGAGAUUUAGCUUCAAGUCACAUCUGAAGAGACACAUGAGAACUCACACAGGAGAAAAACCUUUUAGCUGCUCAGUUUGUAAGAAAUAUUUUACACACAGUGGAGCAUUAAAGAGGCACCUGAGAAUCCACACAGGAGAAAAACCUUUCAGCUGCUCAGUGUGUAAUACAUCUUUUACACAGAGUGGAAGUUUACAGAAACACAUGAGAAUCCACACAGGAGAAAAACCUUUUAGCUGCUCUGAGUGUGAUAAAGCUUUCACUGUAAGUGGAAACCUGAAGAACCACCUGAGAAUCCACACAGGAGAAAAACCUUUCAGCUGCUCAGUGUGUAAUACAUCUUUUACACAGAGUGGAAGUUUACAGAAACACAUGAGAAUCCACACAGGAGAAAAACCUUUUAGCUGCUCUGAGUGUGGUAAAGCUUUCACUGUAAGUGGAAACCUGAAGAACCACAUGAUGACUCAUUCUGGAUUAAAACCUUUCAGCUGCUCAGUUUGUAAGAAAUCCUUCACACAGAGUGGAAGUUUACGGUCACACAUGGUAGUCCACACAAGAGAGAAAAGAUUCAGCUGCAGUGUUUGUAACAAAAGAUUUGCCUGGCGUUCUGAUGUCAAUACACAUAAAUGUGUUGGUCAGAUGGAAACAGAAGCUGAUGGAGAGGACUGUGGAGGACCAGAACCAGCCAGGAACUCAGAUCCACAUCCACUUUUACAACCAGAGACUGAAGACCAGACUGGAGACUCUUCUAAUCCUAAGACUGAUGACGUGGAAUAACGUUUGUGCCUUCUCAAGUAUCAAACAAAAAUCUAUAUAUCAACAUCUAGAUAGAAGACAUUGUAUUGUGUUGUAGGAAAAAUUAAAUAAAUAUAUUUUAUUAGGGGUCCAAGCCCGAGGGAGCAUGGGAACCGCG